AAUCAAUGUAAAUCGAUUGGUUAUUAGAUUAGGAGUUGCUAAUGUUCGCAUCUCCACGGUGGUACGUCUUCAACUAAACCAUCCAUUAAUCUAAUCCAAGUCUCAAGCACAAUCCUUGGAUAUUCCCCACGCACAGAUCAUUCCUAUAGAUGGAUUCACGCAACACAUCUCUUCUUUGAUCUCUUUUCUGUUUAUAAAGAGGCCUCUGCUCUGUCCAAACAGAGACAGAGACAGAGCAGAGUGAUAGAGGAGCAUGGCGUUCGGGGUGGCUGCUCGCCUCGCCCUUCUCUUCGCCUUGGCGACGUGCGCCGUCGCCGGGGUGACGAGCGAGUACCGGCGCAAGCUGGAGGCCACGGUGGACAUGCCGCUCGACGCCGACGUCUUCCGCGUGCCGUCGGGAUACAAUGCUCCGCAGCAGGUGCACAUCACGCUGGGGGACCAGACGGGGACGGCGAUGACGGUGUCGUGGGUGACGGCCAACGAGGAGGGCAGCAGCACGGUGAGGUACGGCAGGUCGGCGGAGAAGCUGGAGCAGGCGGCGGAGGGCAGGCACGCCCGGUACGACUACUUCAACUACACCUCCGGGUUCAUCCACCACUGCACCCUCACGGGGCUGAGCCACGCCACCAAGUACUACUACGCCAUGGGCUUCGGCCACACCGUCCGCACCUUCUCCUUCACCACCCCUCCGCUGCCCGCCCCCGACGCCCCCUUCAAGUUCGGCCUCAUCGGUGACCUCGGGCAGACGUUCGACUCGAACAGCACGCUGGCGCACUACGAGGCGAACGGCGGCGACGCCGUGCUCUUCCUCGGCGACCUGUCCUACGCCGACAACUACCCUCUCCACGACAACAGGCGGUGGGACAGCUGGGCGCGGUUCGUGGAGCGGAGCGUGGCGUACCAGCCGUGGAUAUGGACGGCCGGCAACCACGAGCUGGACUUCGAGCCGUCGCUGGGGGAGACGGUGCCCUUCAAGCCCUUCGUCCACCGCUACCCGACGCCGUACCGCGCCGCCGGCAGCACGGAGCCCUUCUGGUACUCCGUCAAGGUCGCGUCGGCGCACGUCAUCGUGCUCGCCUCCUACUCGGCCUACGGCAAGUACACGCCGCAGUGGGCGUGGCUGCAGCAGGAGCUCACCAAGCGCGUCGACCGGAAGGUGACGCCGUGGCUCAUCGUGCUCAUGCACUCGCCGUGGUACAACAGCAACAACUACCACUACAUGGAGGGGGAGACGAUGCGCGUGCAGUUCGAGCGGUGGCUCGUGGACGCCAAGGUCGACCUGGUGCUCGCCGGCCACGUCCACUCGUACGAGCGCAGCCGCCGCUUCUCCAACAUCGAGUACAACAUCGUGAACGGCAAGGCGACGCCGGCGCCCAACAGGGACGCGCCGGUGUACAUCACCAUCGGCGACGGCGGCAACAUCGAGGGCAUCGCCAACAACUUCACGGCGCCGCAGCCGGCAUACUCGGCGUUCCGGGAGGCCAGCUUCGGGCACGCAACGCUGGAGAUCAAGAACAGGACGCACGCCUACUACGCGUGGCACCGCAACCACGACGGUGCCAAGGCCGUCGCCGACGCCGUCUGGUUCACCAACCGCUACUGGAUGCCCACCGACGACGACCACGUGUGAUUUGCUUUGCUUUGCUACCAGGAGUAUCAACUACUUCAAUAUCAAUAAAUAUAUUUGCCAUUUAUUUCUUUUACCUUUCAACAGUAAUACAGUGCAAUAAUAAAUACUCCUACGUAUCUUUGUCCACAUAUGUAGUGUGUAGUACCCAACAGUGCAUUUGGAUUUGGGCCGGGGAAUUGCCAUGGGUGGGAAUGGAGGACGUUCUCUGUUUUGAGUUUUUAUGGGGGUUUGACAUAUGUCACGUAAGCAAAAAUGAUAUGGACGUAAGCAAAAAUAAUUAUGCGGCAUAGAAAUUAUGAUGAGAAAGGGGGUUAGGUUCAUAUAUGAUUAUCUACAGCACUAUAGAAUGACAUAUGGGCCAAAUAGUAUAUAAGAUUCAUAUGUCAGUGAGUAGUACUAUAGAGGAUUUGGACUCGGUUAGAUUUCAUAGAGAUGAAGCCCGAUGUACGUAGUUACU